AUGUUAUUGUGGUUUACUUUAAAAAUGUGGCCAAGUUGGACGGUUGUUUUUGUAAUAUAUGUUCUCGUGGAUGCUGUUGGGACUGAAUGUUCCAUGGAUAGUUUGCCUAAGUUUGAUGGCGAAUACAUUCAUUAUUUGCUCUCAUGGGAUUGUAAACUAGUGGUAACACGAAACUGGAACGGCAAUUCAUUGCAAGAGUUUGCAGUUGUCUCGGAUAAAUUAAAUAUUUGUAAGUCAGAUGGGACAUGGAAGCUGAUACAUUAUGUACAAAUUCAUCCCGGAAUACAGCCACUUCCAUUCCUGGUUUUUUUCAUUUAUUUUCACAAGGAAAAUGGCACUAAUACGAAUAUAUGGAGAGUAGUGAAGAUAAAUAUUACUGAGAUAAUCUACAAGAAACGCUUGCAUCGCACAAUUCUUGACAGUAUCUUUACUGAAUACUCAACACUUUAUACAGACUAUCCUCUCAAAACUUGUACUUACCAUACUGUGAGCAGCAUUUACUGUUUCUGGCAAAAAGGUAUCAAACAAUGGGCACAGCUAUAUAAUGUGUCGAGAAGUAAUGCAGUGCCGGAAUACAGAGCAGCUGGUGAAGCAUUUUAUUUGGAAGGACAUCCGAAUUUUGGUGAGAUCGUAGGCAGUUUGCCUGGACCCAUUCCACGAAUGCUUAUGUUUGAUUACAAAGUACGAGGCUGGUUCUAUGAAGUGCCAAUUGUAACAAACUAUACAGCGCCAGGACGACGGGUUCAAGAAAUGCGGAGGAUUGAGAAGAUACAAGGUAAAUUAGGGCAAGUAGCUGCGAUGAGCAUCCAAUCAUUUAUUGUCAGUGAUUGCUAUGGUUCUAUGUGUAAAUACUGGUACAAUUCAUUAGGUCAGAUCGCUAAGGCAACCACAACAUGCAUCUUUACAUCAUCAUCUGAUGCUGUUUCGGGUGUAUUCGAGAUGUUCCGUAACUUUCUGAUGCCAAUACGACCGGAAUUAGAAGGAUGUCCAUCCUUACAAGUCAUCAAAACAUUUGCAUCGAAGCCAAGACAAGAGGAAAUUGUGGCUAAGCAAUGGAUGGAACACUGCAUGGUGGUUAUUUAUGCGUUCACGAUCGCAUUUGUGCUCACCAUAAAGAUUCUGAUGGAAGUUUGUAUUCUGACCGUAUCUUCGAGCAAUGCUUCACAACAUUUUACAAGUGUUUAUUUUUCGGAUUAA